AUGGCAACAGAGGACAUAACCAAUGAAGAAGAGCGGAUGGAUAUCAGCGAGAUGACACCUGAAGCGGAUGCCGUUGAUGAAGUAAAAGUGGAACAGGAAGAGAAUGAAGAAGGUGAGAUGGAGGCUGAGGAAGGAGAAGACAGCUUGGAGUCUAAGUUUGAAGCCGACUCGUUCAAAAGGUUUGAAUUGUUACUGAAAAAAACGGAAAACUUCUCACAUUGCCUCAGUGCUGGAGAUGUUGCUGCAUACAAAGGAUCACCAGUCAAGAAAAAACGAGGUAGAGUUGCUAAAACCGGUGUUGACGGCGAUCACAGACAUAGAAAGACCGAACAGGAAGAAGAUGAAGAGAUGGCUGAAGCAGCUGUCAGGGAGGACACGGCAAUGGUUUUUGAUAAAAACCCUUUUUAUAUUCAAAAUGGUGAAUUAAGAGAUUAUCAAAUACGAGGUUUAAAUUGGCUGAUAUCACUCCAGCACAAUGGUAUCAAUGGAAUUCUUGCCGAUGAAAUGGGGUUGGGAAAGACCCUGCAGACUAUUGCUCUUCUGGGGUACAUGAAGCACUACAAGAACAUGGCUAGUCCUCAUCUGGUGAUCGUGCCGAAGUCGACCUUGAAAAACUGGAUGAACGAGUUUGCGAAAUGGUGUCCAUCCCUUUCAACUUGUUGCGUUAUAGGCGAUGAAAAAGAGAGGAACGAUGUGAUCCACAAUACAAUUCUACCCCAAAAAUUUGACGUAUGCUGCACUACCUACGAAAUGGUGUUGAAAGUAAAAACACAACUGAAGAAGUUGGUUUGGAAGUACAUCAUCAUAGAUGAAGCACAUCGGAUCAAGAAUGAGAAGUCGAAGCUUUCCGAGGUUGUUAGAGAGAUUAAAUCAAAAAAUCGCCUGCUUAUCACUGGAACUCCCCUACAAAACAAUCUUCACGAGCUGUGGGCUUUGCUGAACUUCUUGCUCCCAGACAUGUUCUCAUCCUCUGAGGAUUUCGAUUCUUGGUUUACGGAUGGUAGCAUGCAAGGCAAUGCUGACAUAAUAUCCCGACUACAUAAGGUGCUCCAACCCUUCCUUCUUCGUCGAAUCAAGUCUGAUGUUGAGAAAUCCCUUCUGCCGAAAAAGGAAGUCAAGAUCUAUGUUGGCUUAUCGAAAAUGCAACGGGAAUGGUACACGAAAGUUCUCAUGAAGGACAUUGACGUCAUCAAUGGAGCUGGGAAGGUUGAAAAAGCGAGACUGAUGAACAUUCUAAUGCAUUUGCGUAAGGCAGCUAAUCAUCCAUAUCUUUUUGAUGGAGCCGAACCUGGUCCGCCGUACACAACAGAUCAACACCUUGUUGAUAACAGUGGAAAAAUGGUCGUGCUUGACAAGCUGCUUGUAAAGCUAAAACAGCAAGGUUCUCGCGUUCUGAUAUUCUCGCAGUUUUCUAGAAUACUUGAUUUAUUGGAAGAUUAUUGUUGGUGGAGACAGUAUCAGUAUUGUCGGCUUGAUGGCAAUACAGCUCAUGUUGACAGACAGGAAUCUAUAGACGCUUUCAAUGCUCCUAAUUCCGAAAAGUUCAUAUUUAUGCUGACAACAAGAGCAGGAGGCCUCGGUAUCAAUCUGGCGACGGCCGAUGUUGUUAUAAUUUUCGACUCAGACUGGAAUCCCCAGAGCGAUUUACAAGCUAUGGAUAGAGCUCAUCGAAUUGGGCAGAAGAAACAAGUUCGUGUGUUCCGUUUGAUCACGGAAAACACCGUCGAUGAAAGAAUCAUUGAAAGGGCAGAAGUGAAGCUGAGAUUGGAUUCGAUUGUUAUACAGCAAGGAAGGAUAGCGGAAGCUCAAAAAACGCUUGGAAAAGAUGAUAUGAUCAAUAUGAUCCGUCACGGCGCAGAAUUGGUUUUUGCUACAAAAGAUUCAACCAUCACGGAUGAUGAUAUUGACGUGAUCCUCGAACGAGCUGAAGUUAAAACAGCGGAACUGAAUGCUAAAAUGGAGGAGCUGGGUGAAAGCAACUUGCGGAACCUCACAUUUGAUAAUAAAUCUGUUUACAACUUUGAAGGAGAGAACUGGAAAGGUAAGCAAAGUGAAGGCAUGGGACAUUUUUGGAUCGAACCACCGAAGCGUGAGCGAAAAGCCAAUUAUCAGGUAGACGCCUAUUUCCGAGAAGCUAUGCGCCAGGGUCAACCAGUGGAGAAACAGUCACGUGCUCCUCGGCCGAAACAACCCGCGGUAUUCGAUUUCCAAUUUUAUCCACCUCGUCUUAUGGAACUGCUGGAUCGCGAAACAUAUCACUACAGGAAGACUAUUGGUUACAAGGCGGAGAAACCCAGAGAGUGCGGGCCAAAAGAAGCAGAUAAGCGGCAGAAGGAGGAACAACAUCUUAUUGAUACGGCCGAACCGCUGACGGAGGAAGAACAACAAGAAAAGAAUGACCUGCUCACUCAAGGGUUGGCCAAUUGGAGUAAACGAGAUUUUACAGCUUUCGUUAGAGCGAACGAGAAGUACGGUCGACACGAUAUCGAUAACAUAGCGAAUGAGAUGAUGGAGACGAAAUCUCGAGAUGAGGUCGAGUAUUAUGCAAAAAUAUUUUGGGAAAGGUUUGAAGAACUUCAAGAUCACGAGAAAAUUCUUGCUCAAAUUGAGAAAGGUGAAGCACGGAUUCAGCGACGUCAAUCCGUUAAGCGUGCUCUAGACGCUAAAAUAGCUAAAUAUAAGGCCCCGUUUCAUCAACUACGUAUUGCAUAUGGUACCAACAAAGGAAAAACCUACACCGAAGAAGAAGACAGGUUCCUUGUUUGUGAGCUGCACCGGUUGGGCUUUGACAAGGAGACAGUCUACGAAGAGCUUAGGCAGUCGAUACGAAUGGCCCCACAGUUCCGGUUUGACUGGUUCAUUAAAAGUAGAACUGCUAUGGUGAUUCAUUGCCAGUGUUACUAA